GCUCCCGCACCGGCCAUGCCGGGGCCGCGCCGGGACCGCCCGGCCGUGCUGCUGCUGCUCGGGGCUCUGCUGGCCGCCGACCUCUACUUCCACCUCUGGCCGCGGGCGCGGCGGGAGCUGGCGGGGGAAAGGGCGUCGUCCCCGGGGAGCUGCCCCUGCCGCCGCCGCCCCGCCGGGACCCCCGGCCCGCGCCCGCCGCCCCGCGCCCGCGCCGCCCCCGCGCUGCGCCGCCUCUUCGCCCACCCGCUGUACCGCACCGCCCCGCCGGGCCCCGCCGAGCCGCUGCUGGGCGCCCGCGAAGCCCUGCGCUACUACCGGCGGAAGGCGGCUCGCUGGAACAGGAGACACAAGCUCUACAGGGAGGAGCUCAACCUGACGUCCCCUGCGGCGUCGGUGCCUCUGCGGCCAGAAGCCAGCUGGCUGCAGUUCCACCUGGGCAUCAGCCGGGAUGGGCUCUACCCCCGCUCCAGCCCCGUGGUUAACAGGCUGCUCCGGGACAUGCACGAGUUCCCCACCAUCAGUGCCGAUUACAGCCAGGACGAGAAGGCACUGCUGGGAGCCUGUGACUGCAGCCAGGUCGUGAAGCCCAGCGGGGUCCACCUGAAGCUGGUCCUCAGGUUCCAGGAUUUUGGGAAGGCCAUGUUCAAGCCCAUGAGGCAGAAACGCGAGGAAGAGACUCCCGAGGACUUUUUCUACUUCGUUGACUUCCAGCGGCACAACGCGGAGAUCGCCGCCUUCCACCUGGACAGGAUCCUGGAUUUCCGGAGGGUGCCGCCCACGGUCGGGAGGUGGAUCAACGUCACCAGGGAGAUCCUGGAGGUCACCAAGAACGAGGUCCUGCAGAGCGUGUUCUUCGUCUCACCAGCCGGCAACGUCUGCUUCUUCGCCAAGUGCCCCUACAUGUGCAAGACGGAGUACGCGGUGUGUGGGAACCCCCACCUCCUGGAAGGGUCCCUCUCCGCCUUCCUGCCCUCCCUCAACCUGGCACCACGGCUCUCCAUCCCAAACCCCUGGAUCCGCUCCUACUCGUUUGACGGAAAAGAGGAGUGGGAAGUGAAUCCUCUCUACUGCAACACAGUGAGGGAGAUCUACCCCUACAGCAAGGGCAACCGGCUGCUCAACAUCGUGGACAUGGCCAUCUUUGACUUCCUAAUAGGGAACAUGGACCGGCACCACUACGAAAUGUUCACCAAGUUCGGGGACGACGGAUUCCUCCUGCACCUGGACAAUGCCAGAGGGUUUGGGCGGCAUUCCCACGAUGAAACCUCCAUCCUGGCUCCGCUGUCCCAGUGUUGCACAAUAAAGAGGUCGACGUUAAUGCGGCUCCAGCUCUUGGCCGAGCCCGAGUAUCGGCUGAGCGACGUGAUGAGGGAAUCCCUCCUGCAGGACCCCCUGGCCCCUGUCCUCACCGAGCCCCAUCUCCUGGCCUUGGACAGACGGCUGCAGCUCAUCCUGGAAGCUGUGGGGAAGUGCAUCGACACCUACGGAGAAGCCACUGUGGUGGCCAACGACACCGCUCGGCCCCAGGCUCCUGCAUCAGACAGAGCGAAGCUGGACACUUAAACAGCCCUGAACUCGUGCCCAGAGGCAGGGAAAACCCCUGCAAGGCAAGUGGCAGGGUUUAACACGGCUGGUGAUUUCCACCUGCAAACACUUGCAGAGACUGGGAAGGGAAACCCUUCAGAGGAUCCUCGAGAAUCACCCUGGGCUCAUGUGCUGGUGCUCAGCCAGAGCUGCUGCGCUCGGCCAGGGUGUUGGUGUCACCACAGCAGAUCUUUGCACCUCAAACACCAGCUCUGUGGUGGAAUAGCAGUGAUCUGCUGUUCUGGAGUUGGUCCUGCCCUUGGGAGGGUGGGGGGACACAUGGCCUUGGUUUGCUCGACCUGCAGGGGGAUCCCGGUCCUGGUGAAGGACACAAACAGAUCCGAGGACGGGGGGUUGAAUAAAGAGAUGCCGAGAGCAUUUUCCUCUUA